UCCAAUAUCAUCAAAACAUCACACAUAGUCAAGAUUUGAAAACAUAUCCCAUUUUUCCUUGUUGGUAGGUGAAGUUCAUGAAUCAAAACUCCAUCAUUUUCACUCAAAUUAUUUUGCUAUAAGCAAUUCACCAUUGUACAAUUAUUUGACAACUAAAACCCCCCUUUCAUCUCAAUCCAACAACCACCCCUUACACCAACUCCCAAAAGAGAGGCAUAGAGAGAAAAAACAAUAAAUUGAAUACCAAAUCACAAAGAAAAAAAAAUAAAAAAGUUUGAAACUUUAUGCAAAAUUGAAAUGGCCCAGUUAAGCAAAAUCAACAAUCUAGUUCAAACUACUCAAAAUUUUCACAAUUCAACAAAUUCCAACAAACUCAAUUCAGCAAAAUCAGUUUCAUUGAGGUCAAGCAUUUGGGGCUCUUCAAAAUCAUGGAGUUUGAAGCACAAAAAUGGAGUCUUUAUUGGAAAUUGUGAUGUGGGUAGGGGGAAUUCUGUUGUGUUGAAGGCUUCUGCUAAUGUUGCUGCUGCAGAGAAGCCGUCGACGGCGCCGGAGAUUGUUUUGGAACCUAUUAAGGAGAUUUCUGGUAGCAUUACAUUGCCUGGGUCUAAGUCUUUGUCUAAUCGGAUUUUGCUUCUUGCUGCUCUCUCUGAGGGAACAACUGUUGUAGAGAACUUGUUAGAUAGUGAGGAUAUUCAUUACAUGCUUGAGGCAUUAAAGACCCUUGGACUUCGUGUGGAAGAUGACAAAACAACCAAACAAGCUGUUGUGGAAGGCAGUGGUGGGUUAUUUCCUGAAUCUAAAGAUGAAGUUAAUUUAUUCCUUGGAAAUGCCGGUACUGCAAUGCGUCCUUUGACGGCAGCCUUGGUUGCUGCAGGUGGAAAUACAAGAUACAUACUUGAUGGGGUGCCCCGAAUGAGAGAGAGGCCAAUUGGAGAUUUGGUGUCUGGUCUUAAGCAACUUGGUGCAGAUGUUGAUUGUUAUCUUGGCACAAACUGUCCACCUGUUCGUAUAAUUGGGAAGGGAGGGCUUCCAGGGGGAAAGGUGAAACUGUCUGGAUCUAUUAGUAGUCAGUACUUGACUGCUUUGCUUAUGGCAGCUCCGUUGGCCCUUGGUGAUGUUGAGAUUGAGAUUGUUGAUAAACUGAUUUCUGUUCCGUAUGUCGAGAUGACUUUGAAGUUGAUGGAGCGCUUUGGAGUCUUCGUAGAACACAGUGCUAAUUGGGAUAGGUUCUUGGUCCAUGGAGGUCAAAAGUACAAGUCUCCGGGCAAUGCUUUUGUUGAAGGUGAUGCUUCAAGUGCUAGUUACUUCCUAGCUGGUGCAGCAGUUACUGGUGGAACUAUCACGGUUAUAGGCUGUGGGACAAGCAGUUUACAGGGAGAUGUAAAAUUUGCUGAAGUCCUUGAAAAGAUGGGAGCUAAAGUUACAUGGACAGAAAACAGUGUAACUGUUACCGGGCCUCCACGGGAUUCUUCCGGUCGGAAAGUCUUGCAAGGCAUUGAUGUCAAUAUGAACAAGAUGCCAGAUGUUGCCAUGACACUUGCAGUUGUUGCACUAUAUGCUAAUGGUCCCACUGCUAUUAGAGAUGUGGCAAGUUGGAGAGUUAAAGAAACAGAAAGAAUGAUAGCAAUCUGCACAGAACUCAGAAAGCUCGGAGCAACUGUUGAAGAAGGUCCUGAUUACUGUGUGAUAACACCACCUGAGAAAUUGAAUGUCACAUCAAUAGAUACAUAUGAUGAUCAUAGAAUGGCCAUGGCAUUUUCUCUUGCUGCUUGUGGUGAUGUUCCAGUUACCAUCAAAGAUCCCGGUUGCACCAGAAAAACAUUCCCUGAUUACUUUCAAGUCCUUGAGAGGUUUACAAAGCAUUAAGCAUUCUUGUAUAUUAAGUAGGCAAGAGAGAGAGAGAGAGAGAGAUAAAAUACUCACAAAGUUGUGAGCAUUUUUUGGCUUGUAAGAAUUUUAAAAUAAAUUGUAUUGUUGAAAUGAGGUACCAUUGAUUUUCUGUAUGAAUGUAGUUUAAUUAUUAAUACUAACUUCGUGUCUAUUUCAUAUUA